AUGAGGACAGCGGUGUUGCUGGCAGCCGCCUGCCUGCUGACUUUGGAUGUAAGGUGUCUGGGGGCCAGGAUCCUGGCAGUGGUGCCGACCCCAUCCAUCAGCCACCAGUUGCCAUUGAGGACUAUACUGCUGGAAUUGGCCAGGCGAGGCCACCAGGUCACCUUCAUCACCACCCACCCCAUUCAGGUUCCCACUGCAAAUUACUCUGAAAUAGACAUUUCAUUGAGUAGUAAAGCCUUCAGAGAAAGGAUUGAUUUCAAUGAAUUUCCUGAUCCAACGUCUCCUACGGCGAUCCUAAAAUUUAUUUUUGAUAUGGCGGAAAUUGGGUGCGCCAUUCAGUUUGGUUUGGAGCCAAUGAAAGAAUUUAUGAAAGUGGAGCAAAAGUAUGAUGCAGUCAUCGUAGAGAAACUCGGCAGCUCCUGUUAUUACGGCUUAGCACACAAAAUGGGAUCUCCACCGUUAAUUGGAUACACUUCUCUGGGAGCUACGUCACUUAUUCGGAAGACCUUCGGCGGUCCUAUUAAUCCUUCCUACAUCCCCGACUACAAUCUCGGCUACACGGACCACAUGACCUUCUGGCAGAGACUGUACAACGCUUACAUCUUACUGCGGUCGCUUGAUGUUGAAGAAAGAGCUUUUUAUGGAAGACACGAGGAGGAAAUGAGGAAGUAUUCCGGUGCGAACCCACCUACGUUGAGGGUGAUGGAUUACAAUUUCAGCCUCAUUUUGGUCAACAAUCACUUCAGCCUGAGCUACCCUGUGCCAAACACGCCAAAUAUUGUUGAAUUAACUGGAAUCCACAUCCAGAAGGAGAAGAAGCCACUGCCAAAGGAUGUGAGGCAGUUCCUAGACGGCGCGAGGGACGGCGUGGUUUACUUCAGCCUGGGCUCCAACGUGCAGAGCAGCGCCAUGCCUCCAGAGACAGUCCGCGCCUUCCUGGACGCUUUCGCAGCAAUGCCGCAGCGCGUGCUCUGGAAAUGGGAAGCUGAUGGACUGCCCGUUCAUCCCGGCAACGUGAUGACCGCCAAGUGGCUGCCGCAGCAGGACGUGCUGGCUCAUCCGAACGUACGCCUCUUCAUCACUCAGGGAGGACUACAAAGCUGGAACGAGGCAGCUUAUUUCUCUGUGCCCGUCAUUGGGAUUCCUUUCCUAGGAGACCAGAUUUACAAUGUAGAAAAAAUGGUCGGUUUAGGUGUCGGGCGAAGGCUGGAUUUAAAAGACGUCACCAAGGACAGCGUUUUGGAAACAGUACAGACAGUUCUGGAAGAUAAGAGCUACCAGGAGAACAUGAAGCGCUUCUCCGCCAUCUACCGGGAGCACCAGAGCACGUCCCUGGAGAGGGCGGUGUGGUGGGUGGAGUACGUGAUCCGCCACCAGGGGGCUCCUCACCUGCGCAGCGCAGCCCUCGACCUGCACUGGUGGCAGCUGCUGCUGCUCGACGUCAUAGCCUUCAUACUGGCUGUGGUGGCCGUCGCGGCGUUCCUUCUCUUCAAACUGACUCGGUGGCUCUUCUCGUGGCUCACUCGACCCAGCAAAUUGAAGAAACAGUGA